AAUAACGGGAUUCUGAGUUUUGGAGGAGGGAGGUUGGCCGGCCGGGUGACGUGUGACUGUCCUGACUUGUGAGUGAUGUGAUGUUAGGGAAUGUGAUGAGUGGCUGAGGGUCUGUAACACCCGAGAGCCCCUGGGGUCUGUGAUCAGUUUGCUUUCUAACCCGAAAGUUUAGCUCAUUAAUUUUUAGCGUUGGUUAAUGUAAGAAUUUAUAUUCUUACAUAUUUAUAUGUAGACUUUUUAUUGUUGAUUAAAUACAAAUGGUUUUCUUUUUAAAUUUAUUUUCUUUGAUCCAGGAGUCAUUUGGAAAUGCAUUUUCCGUUUUAGAUAAUAUCUCUGGGUAGUGGUCAGGUUGAAAAAUGCUUUAUGGUCUAUAUCGUAAUCAUUUUCAUAAAUGACUUCACAUUGCAUAAAAAUUACCGCUCCCCAGUUGUAUUGUGAGUUAUAUAUCACAUGGCCUUACAGUUUUGGUUUUGCUUUUUGUUUUUUGGAGCCCUGGAUGUCCCAGAACUCACUAUAUGUAGACCAGGCUGGUCUUGAACUCAAAGAGAUCCAUCUGCCUCCGGAGUUCUGGGAUUAAAGGCCUGCACCCCACCAGCAGACAUUACAGAUUUUUUUUGUCUGCUUAGUUGUGGUGGAGGUAUAUUGCUCACAACAGAAAGGUGAUUUGUCUAUCUCUCCUUUGUCCAUUUCUGGUUUGUAUGUUUGAAGUUAUAUCGUUACCAACACUUAUGUGUAUUUUUGCAAAAUGUGUUUGUUUAUUCUUUGAAGAUAUGUAUACAAUGUAUUUUCGUCUCACCAACCCUUACUACCCCCUUCCAGUUAUUUUUAGUAAUAGGUAUGACUAAGUAUCUCCAGGAUAUUAUUAGCAAAUUCAGUGUCCACCAUCAGUUUGUAAAAGAGCUUAUUUUCGCAAGUAUCUUUCCGUUUUGCAAGUUUUAUAUCUUUUGUCUAGUUUUUACCCCUUGACUUUUUUUUUUUUAAGAUUUAUUUAUUUAUUAUAUAUAAGUACACUGUAGCUGUCUUCAGAUACACCAGAAGAGGGCAUCGGAUCUCUUUACAGAUGGUUGUGAGCCACCAUGUGGUUGCUGGGAAUUGAACUCAUGACCUCUGGAAGAGCAGUCGGGUGCUCUUAACCGCUGAGCCAUCUCUCCAGCCCACCCCUUGACUUUUUAAAAGCAAUUGCUAGAUUUCUUUUUUUAAUAAAACAUUAGAACCUGUUAGCUUCAUGAUGAAAAUAAUAUAUGUCAAUAUUUUAAUUUGUGUUUUUUUUUUCCUUUUUAAAAACGAUUUAUUUUAUUUAUAUGAGUACACUGUCGCUGUCCUCAGACGCACCAGAAGAGGGCAUCAGAUCCCAUUCCAGAUGGUUGUGAGCCACCAUGUGGUUGCUGGGAUUUGAACUCAGGACCUCUGGAAGAGCAGUCAGUGCUCUUAACCACUGGGCCAUCUCUCCAGUCCUUCUUUUGUUUUUGUUUUGUUUUGUUUUAAAUUGGGGAUUGGACCCAAGACCUCAAGCAUGCUAGGCAAAUGCUCUAACCCUGGGUGUCUUGGUAUCUCUUCGCAGCUCCAGAUCUUCCACCACAUUCCACAGCUCUUCUUCCUCGCAGUUCUGACUAAACUCCUAGAGGACCGCUAAGCAUCUGGUUGCUGACAGAACACGGUCUGGACCCAGGGUGAUCAUGCCAACUGACUGGACUUCAACCCUGGAAGCUACAUCAUUGGCCCCAGAAGAUCCUGGGAGCUCCAGUGAGGGAUUAGUGUCCUUCAUGGAUGUGACUAUAGAUUUCAGCAGAGAGGAGUGGCAGCAUCUAGACCCUGCUCAAAGGAGUCUCUACCGGGAUGUGAUGCAGGAGACCUACAGCCACCUGCGCUCAGUGGAAGAACUGCAGCAGACCGGCGACCACUAUCAGCAAAUAGAACCUAAGUCGGCCAGUGAUAUGGUCUUCAUCAAGAAGACCGUGGAUGCAGAGAGUCGCCACGAAUACGCGGGCGUUAGAACGGUGAUCCACGUGAACUCAUACACUGUUCCCUCCCCCACGAGGCUCCGUUACCGUGACCCACUUGCCAGUGACCCGGAGCAUAAUUUAAAUUUACAGACUCGUCAUGAGAGUAAUGAACCAAAGAGAGGUCAGAAGAUUACCGAAUAUGGUAAGAUUUCAUCCUAUUCCAACACCAAUCACACUCUCACAGGAGAGAAAUUACAGGACCAUGGUCAGUGUGAAAGAGCCCUCAGCUAUGAACAAGUACCUUGUCGGUAUCAGAAAUCAUACGAAUGUGCUGAAUUUGGGAAGACUCUUACCCAGAAGCCACAGCGGACCGUACACGUGAAAUCUACAAGAGACAGGCUCUAUGUGUGCCUUGAAUGCGGGAAGGCGUGUUCUCAGAAAUCAGAAUUCCUCACGCAUCAAAAAACCCACACUAGAGAGAAGCGCUAUCCAUGCGGCAACUGCGGAAAGUCCUUUUUCCAAGCGUCUUCUCUCUUCAGGCAUCAGAGGAUUCACACUGGAGAAAAGCUCUACGAGUGCGGCCACUGUGGGAAAGGCUUCUCGUACAACUCAGACCUCAGGACCCAUCAGAAGAUCCAUACAGGAGAGAGGCAUUACAGCUGCGCCGACUGUGGCAAGGCCUUCGCACAAAAGUCCACACUCAAGAUUCACCAGAAAAUCCACACGGGAGACAGGGCCUACAUCUGUAUUGAGUGUGGGCAGGCUUUCAUCCAGAAGACACACCUGGUCUCACACCGACGGAUUCACACUGGAGAAAAGCCACACCAGUGCGACAGCUGCGGCAAAUCCUUUGUUUCCAAGUCCCAACUCCAGGUCCACCAGCGAAUUCAUGCAAGAGUGAGGCCCUGUGUAACUCCCGACCACGGGAAGACCUUCAGCAUUAGUCCCAGCUUCACACGUAAGAAAGUUCCGGUAAGAGAGAAAUCGUCCGCUUGCACUGAGUGUGGGAAGGCCUUUACCUACAGGUCAGAGCUAAUCAUUCAUCAGAGAACUCACACCGGAGAGAAGCCUUAUCAGUGUGGGGACUGUGGCAAGGCCUUCACCCAGAAGUCAGCCCUCACCGUGCACCGAAGAAUCCACACAGGAGAGAAGUCGUACGCGUGUGUAAAAUGUGGGCUGGCUUUCGUCCAGAAGGCACACCUGGUCGCACAUCAGGUAAUUCACACCGGAGAGAAACCUUACACAUGUGGUCACUGUGGGAAACUCUUUACUUCCAAGUCUCAACUCCACGUACACAAGCGGAUUCACACAGGGGAAAAACCGUACGUGUGCAGUAAAUGUGGGAAGGCCUUUGCCAACAGGUCAAACCUCAUCACGCACCAGAGAAUCCACACAGGGGAGAAGUCCUAUGUCUGUUCAAGGUGUGGAAAAGCCUUCACUCAGAGAUCAGACCUGGUUACACACCAGAGAAUUCAUACUGGGGAGAAGCCGUAUGGAUGUAGCAUUUGCGGGAAAGCUUUUACCCAGAAGUCACACCUCAGCAUACACCAGACGAUUCACACCGGUGAGAGACAGUACAAAUGCCUCGACUGUGGGAAAGCCUUCAACCAGAAGUCGAUUCUCAUUGUGCACCAGAAAAUCCACACCGGGGAGAAACCCUACGUGUGCACCGAGUGUGGGAGAGCUUUCAUCCGGAAGUCCAACUUCAUCACCCACCAACGAAUCCAUACCGGCGAGAAACCUUACCGAUGCAACGACUGCGGGAAGCCCUUCACCUCCAAGUCGCAGCUCCUGGUGCACCAGCCAAUCCACACGGGCCAGAAACCUCACGUGUGUGCCGAGUGUGGGAAAACCUUUAGUGGCAGAUCAAACCUCAGCAAGCAUCAGAAGACGCACACUGGGGAGAAGCCGUACAUGUGUUCUGAGUGCGGGAAGACCUUCAGGCAGAAGUCAGAGUUGAUUACCCACCACAGAAUCCACACCGGGGAGAAGCCUUACGAUUGCAGUGGCUGCGGGAAAUCCUUCACCAAGAAAUCCCAGCUCCAAGUGCAUCAGAGAAUUCACACCGGAGAGAGGCCUUACACGUGUGCUGAGUGCGGGAAGGCCUUCACCGACAGGUCCAACAUGAAUAAGCACCAAACAAUACACACCAGAGAGAAACCUCAUAAGUGUGUAGUCUGUGGGGAAGGUUUUGUGCAGAAGUCGGCGCUCAGUGCCCACCAGAGUCUUCACACCCAAGCGGUAUGAGGGAGAACUCAUACCGAGGAUGUGUCUUACUGUAAUUACUGCCUCUGUGGCACAGAACAGCAUGUAUAUUGUUGUAACUAAAACUGCCACGGAACAGUGACACAUAUCACUGCUCAGAAAAGGAUGUCAGAGAAGGCACUGAAUUCCCAUUACGGGGGAAGGACAUUUCUACUCGCUGAGAAGAAACGGCGUCAAUUGGAUACAAUGAAAGCUUUUGGUGUCAAUUGGAUACAAUUAAAGCUUUCUCAUGGGGAAAAACACCGGGCGGAACACUGUUACCAAGUUCUCCAGCAGAACGAUCAUCUCAGCUCACACUGAGGCAAAUCCUGUUGGUGGAGUGUGGACACUGCCAACUAAUCGAUGGUAAUGUAAUGUACGCGACAGGGAUCAUCUUCUCUUCUGACACUUGUUUGCUGCAAACAUUAACAGACCCAUGGGCGUCUUUGCCCUCUUGGGCGCAUCCGUUCCUUCUGUUGAGCGAGAUACACUACAGGCCUGGGUAUGGCAUUUCAUGUCAGUAAUUCCAACCUUCAGGAAGAGCUGAGGCAGGAGGAUCACCAUGAGUUCAAGGCCAGUCUGAGCUACAGGGUAAGACAACUGUGUCAAAAGCAAGAGAGAAAGACCACAGUGACGACAUAUCCAGACACGAGCUUGAGUGUGCUCGUGGACUCGCCGCUGUCAUUUACCUGUAACGGACUUUAUAAGCUACCCGUAACUAUUUUUGUCAAAAGCAACCAACAUGUUGUCUCCUACCUCAAGUAUCAUGUCUUUUGAAUUUCCCUUACCCUCAGGAAGUCUCGAAGUAAAAAUGUUAAGAUCACUUGGGUCAAAUUAAGACCCUGGUCCCAGUUUUCUACACUCCGUGCCUUCCUCAGUGACCUCAUAAAUCAGCUCUGUUACAACAGCCCUGGGGUGGGGAGUUAGCUGAAUGCCUGCAGGUACAUGGGUUGAGCAGAGGCUGCCAUGCCACCACUGGCAGCCAUCAUUGGCUAAGGUUUUCUCAGCUAGGUGUGCGUCUCAGUGAGAACCCCUCUUUAGAAAUGAUAAAGAAUCACUUCCUUAGUAAUGAGAUGCUAAACUGGGUUGACUCCCUGGCUUGCUGAGGAGUGGAGGGGAGGAACACCAAGAAGUGUCGCACUGGUUCUCAACCUCCCUAGCGCUGGGACCCUUUAAUACAGUUCCUCAUGCAGUGGUGACCCACAGCCAUAUUUGGUUGCUACUUAUUAAUUGUAGAGUAAAUAUUUUUGGAGAUAGAGGGCUGUCAAAGGGGCCGUGUAAAGAGCCGCUGAUUCCCCAGAUGCGCUGUCCACCUUCAUGUGAUCCAAUCCACAGUGCCUUUCUCUCCCAGGUUCCUCCCACACAGCGGUUGGCUUCUGGCUUCAGGGCCUUUUCACCUGUUGUGCUCUUCAAAGAGCACAGUUGUUUUAUCUGGUAGCUUGCCCGGGCAUGCCGCUCCUCCAUGCAUAUCCCCACUGCCUUCUUGGCUUAAAAUCCUAGCCUGUUGAUCCUCCGAGGCUCUCCUGCUCUGAAUACUUUACCUAAUUGUCUUCUGUCCACUCUGCAGCGUUUACCCCAUCUACAUCCAAGUCUACAUUCACGCCUGACUGUGGUAUGGAGGUUGACCCUGGCUUGUCAUACCAAGACUGAUGUUUUCUAUUCUACUGCAGAGGAGGAUCCAACAGAGAGGACCAACUUCCCUACCGCAUACCAAACUCUGCCUCCAGUCUUGACCUGAUACUGAUUGGCGUCCAUGAGGGUGCUUCCCCCACCCAUCCACCUCCCCCUCCCACCUCCCUGCCUUGACAUUCCGAGACACGGGCCCAUCUACACUUCUUAAUGAAGAGAGAAAGUGACUGCUGUAAA